UGGAUGAACGCGUCAAAGCUGUUCAUUAAACACAGUGACGUGACGCCAUGUGGAAACAACCUACGAACGAUGUCAUCGGAUAACCUGUCAAAAUAUUACACUCACAAGAGUAAAUGAGUUGAGGCAACACAAUACGAUAAAAGGCUGAAAAUUAAAUGAACAUUUCUGAAUUGAAGUUAUCAUGCGAAACGGCUUCGGGGAGCAGCAGCUGUACAGAGCGUUCUCGCCCCAUGAAGCACCAUCAGUGCCAAGUUUGUGACGGUGGCCGGAGAAACAGAGGGUUUGGAUCGGUCAGCUUCUUCACCCUCAAACAUGUGAUUACUGCUGCGUGGGUCUUGAACGGGCGUAUAUGGUUGCCGGCCGGGCGUUGCGGGUCACUCCGUCUCAACACGAUGAGCUGAUGACCCAGCCUGAGAAGCAGGACAGCAGAGGCAGUUGACUGGUCCAAAGACGCCUAGACGUUCACCCUGCAAUCCAGCUGGCGCUCCAGCCCAUCAGUCGACAGACAGCAGGGGGCGGGCGCUCAGAAGUAUGUACAUCUUUAGCUGUCUACAGGUGAGAGUCUUCCCCCGGCGCGGGCCUGCUGGUUUCUCAGGUCAUCCUGGACUACCGGUUCUAUCCAGUUUUGUCAAUGGAUCUACAUUUGUUCUCCAGAAAAAGGGAAUACUACGAGCCCGCAAAUCAGGUCGGAAUUACCUAACUGACUGUGUGUGGUGGUGUGGUACACUUGCAAUGAUUGUGGGACAAAUAGGAAAUUUCUUGGCAUACAAUGCUGCUCCAGCUGUUGUGGUGACACCACUCGGGGCACUGGGUGUCCUUUUUGGGGCCAUUUUGGCUGCAUGGGUGCUACAAGAACAUCUGAAUCUCAUUGGGAAACUUGGUUGUGCUUUGUGCUGCUGUGGUUCGGUUGUACUAAUCAUCCAUUCACCCAAGUCCGAGAACGUCACAUCAAGAGCAGAACUAGAGGAGAGACUGAUGGACCCAGUGUUCCUGGUUUAUAUCUCAUUGGUGGUUCUUCUACUGAUAAUUCUGAUCGGCUGGCUGUCUCCAACUCAUGGAAAUUCAAACAUUAUGGUGUACGUGGGGAUCUGUUCUCUCCUUGGGAGUUUUACUGUGACCAGUAGCAAAGGUCUGGGACUGGCUUCCCAGGAGGCCUUUAGUGGGACGCCUACAAGUGACAGCAGAGCACUUCUUCUCUUCCUGAGUUUGCUGGGAAUUCUUAUAGUCAGUAUACUGAUCCAGUUUACCUUUAUCAACAAAGCUUUAGAGAAUUUUAGUUCUAGCAUGUUUGAGGCCAUCUACUAUGUGACCUUCACUUCCUGUGUCAUCCUGGCCUCUGCUAUUCUUUUUAAGGAAUGGACAGCACUUAGUAUUGUGGAUUGUUUGGGGAUUCUUUGUGGUUUUAUCACAGUAUCUGUAGGUGUUGCUUUAUUACGUAUAUCUCAAGAAGCUACGCUCGUUUGGAGCCAAACUAAAGCUAAAAAUGAGUAGCUUGUAUUUUAUACUUUUUUAGUAACUGUCAGAAUAUUGAAUAUGAAUAUUAAGAUUAAACCAAACCAAAUGUUAAUGGGUAUUUAACCUGUGCAGAUCCCAAUAAGGGUUCUUUAUCAGCAUAACAAGUACUAAGUACUUCUUUAGCCUUAGAAAACUUGCACAACAUUUUAUAUACUAGAUUACAUUAAUUAUUUUAAAAUGAUAAAUGUUUGUAUUUCUAUUUGGCAGUUUUAGUUUAAGCUAUUAAUAAAUAAUAGCUUUUUUAUGACUAUCGACAUAUUAUUUUUUGGGAGUGUAUAUACCUGUGUGUGCUUAAACUCAAAUAAUAAUGUGGGUUCCAUUUUAUCAUGGAUUACAGUGGUUGACUGUUUAAUGCAAAUAAAACUAUACAUUCAUUUU